AUGGAUCUAUCUGUGAAAGAUGUAGACAUGGAUAUGGACGAGUUAAAAGCAGAACUAGAAAGCAAAGAGAAGAUACCUUUUGAAGUUUGGUUGCACGAGUACAAGUCUUCAGAUAAUCCAUUUAAACGAUUGUCAUUAAUUUUUAAAGUGGGUAAUACUGUUUUAGUUAAGCGGAAAUCCAUUUUAGUCAUAACGACUUGUUUUAGCUACCUUUCUGUUGCGAACAAUUCGAUUUGGAUGAAAGGAAAGCAAAAGAAGUGGCAGAACACUUUCCAAGCAAUCUUAUAAGUCAAUUUCUACUUCAACGUAGGUUUAAUUACUUUCAAAGGUUUUAUUCUUUAGAACGAGAUGAAGAUGUCGUUGACCUCGUUGUUACCAUGGUCAACAUAUUAGUGCCAUUAUCUAACGAUUCAGAGAAAGAAAAGUUUCGGCCGUUGUGUGAAGGAAUCAGGGAAAGUUUAUGCGAAGGGUAUGUUAGAUUCAUUUUUUGAAUUUAUUAACUAUAUCUUUAGUAUUUUUGGUAUAAAUAUUUUUAGUUUUUAUCUAAUUUAGGUCCAUAUUUAAAUUUUCUAGAAAUGGACUUACAGAGAAUGAUGUGGAACUUCGUUUGAAUGCUCUGUCACAUAUUGGAGUACAAUAUCUAUCAGUCGAUGAUUUAAAUGCCGUCUUGAAUAUUCUUUUAGGUUUCAUAAAGGACAACGUAGAUCAGGUAGUUAAAAUAUGUUUUUAGUGAUGUUUUGUCAUAAGAUUAUCUAUGAAAGAGGAGUAUUAUCUAUUGAACUUUAUAUUUUUUUAGUUUCCGUCGAAAACAAUAAUGAGUUUUGUGGUCGCUGGACUGAAAUCGUUGAGUAAUGUGUUUGAUAUGGACAAUCAGUUAAAUGCAGUAGCUUUGAGUUGGCCGGCUACCUUGAGAACGGUUAUUGAGAGGUUGUUACGGACUUACAGUAUACGUAAGUAACUUUUGACUACUGUAUAAUUAUAUUGUACGUUCUUUAGUUGUUUUUUAAGUUUUAUUUUGUAUAAUUUUAGCUGAUGAAUAUACGUCAUUUGCGUUUGUUUCUGGAGGAUUGACUUCUCAGAUCCUGGGUCCAUCGUGGGUUGUAGCUGACAAGAAGUUGUUUCAGCUACUGGCUUCGAUGACUAGUGGUCGGAUUCGUAUUGUUACAGAAGAUCCUAAAAAGGUAGGGUUAUAUACGAAUAUUAAAAGUUUGUAACUACUUGUAUAAUAUAGGUAUACAAGUUAUUGAUGAUGUUUUAGAUCAACGGAGAUGAACUAGUGUGUUGUUUCCAAUUGGCAGAGACCUUUGUACAAGCCAUUGAAGACGAAAAGAACGAUAUAAAUGAUGAAUUGUAAGUAAUGUCAUCUUUUUUUAAUUAUUUUUCGAAAUUUGAUUUCUUUGUUCAGCUGAUAUUAAAUAUGAUAAACUAUUUGCAGAGCUACUGCAGUAGGGAAGUCGAUGCAACAGAUGGCUUCUUUUUGCUGUGAGUACCUUGGAACUUGUGGAAAAGAGCAGGUUGUACUUGACAUUGGGAUCAAACUGGCCUUUUACAGAUUUAUUUGUAUGUUUGCGUCAGUCGGAGGACUGGAGAUAGUCAGUAAGGAGCAUCUUAAUGGUACUAUUGGGGCUUUGUUGGAUGUUUUUGGUGAGGAAACAAACUUCUUUUUGAUAUUUUUUAAUUUUGGUUAGUUUAUACAUAAUUUUACCUUUUUUUCAGAAUACACCAUCAGUCAGCGUGACCACAAGACAGCCGGUUUAUUCGUAAUGCACAUACCUGACUUCCCAUCGUUACCUACAAGCACAUUGGCCCUCCUUCUCAAGUACGUUCAGCUUGUGUUUCCAGUCGACAAGGAGUUGUGUGUUUCUCAGUUUUCUCAAAUUCUGCACGAUCUGAAGGGCAGGAAACAGUUCUUCACCCAAGAAUCGCUGCAGUCAGCACUUACAUUCGCUAAUAACAUAAAGAACUCGGAGAUGCGAGAAACCAUCAGCAGCUUCACCAGUUAGCCUUAUCAGUAAUGCGGCCACUUCUAUUAACAUAUCAGUAAUGACAUUAUGGGCUUGAUAGUAUUGUUUUUCCUUGCCUCUGCUGUUAUUUUGUUGUUUGACUAUAUAAAGGCUUUUACUAUAAGAUGUGUGAACAGAGUUCGGUUGACAUACUACAUCGGGAAGAUUCCUGGACCUUUUUCCUUGCCUAUUGUUGGAACUACUUGGCAGUUUAAGUGGAAGAUCGAAGGUAAUGUCUUGUUUUGGUCAUUUUUAAUGUGAUUAAACUUCGAAAACUAUUACUUUUUGUGGCUAGCCAGACGUUAACUUGUUAUUUGGUGCUUUGUAUUGUGUACAAACAUUAUUUAAUAUAUAAGCAUAGUUUUAAUUACAGAACUGACCGAGCAACUGCUACAAUGGCAGAUUUACUAUCAGACCACAAUGAAGGAAGACCUAAUCCGGAUCUGGCUAGGCCCAUUCCCAAUUGUGGCAGUUUUGUCGCCGAAAGCUACCAAAGCUAUCUUAGAAAGCAAUGAUUACUUGACCAAAGGUGACGAGUAUAAGAUAAUGGAACGAUGGCUAGGUCAAGGAUUAUUAACGAGUAAGGGAGACAAGUGGAGAGGCAGGAGAAAGAUGAUAACACCAGCGUUCCACUUUUCAAUGCUCAAUCAGUACCAUCAAGUACACGAUGAGGAGGCCAAGGUAUGAUGUUGGGUUAAGAUAUUAUUACAUGUCUAAUACUUACUUUACAAACUUUUUAUAGAUCUUAGUUGAUGUACUGGAGAAGUUUGCUAUAAGUGGAGAGACGUUUGAUGGGUAUCCUUAUAUAAAACGAUGUGCUUUAGACAUAAUAUGCGGUAAGUGUUUUAAAAUUAGCAUAAUGUGUAGCUUAAAAUACGGUUUUUCUUGAGUUGUAUUUGUUGGCCAAUCAAAAAAUGUGUAUUUUAGCCACAGCAAUGGGCAUCAAAGUAGAUGCCCAAACAUACGUCGAUCACCCUUAUGUAAACGCCGUCAAACAGAUGAACGAAUUGUCAUUUGUUUACUCGAGAAUGCCGUGGCUGUGGCUCAAACCUAUCUGGUACCUUUCUGGGUUCGGACAGAAAUACGAUGCUUGUCUGAAGUUGGUUACAGACUUUACAAGAAACGUAAGAUAAAUGUUAAGACAAUGCAUUUUUAGAUUGUGUAUGGAGUAAAUUAAAGACUGGGGAUACGUAGUAAUCAAAAGUUUUGCUGAACCGUUCAAGACUGUUUGAGAGCUUAUAACAAGCUAAUAAUACUGUUUUAGGUAAUCAAGCAAAGAUCAGACGAGUUCCAUAGCGAAAACCUGAAUGACAAAAAGCGGAUGGCUUUCCUGGAUCUGCUGCUGAAAGUGAAGGAGGAAGGUGGGUUGGACAACGAGGACAUCAGGGAAGAGGUGGACACGUUCAUGUUCGAAGGUCACGACACCACCUCGUCGGGCAUGGCGUGGACCUUGUGGUGCCUCGCCCAUUUCCCCGAGUAUCAGCGAAAGGCGUGGGAGGAGGUGGAUGCCGUUUUCGGUAAGUGACGCUGAACUGAUUGUAUCUAUUGGCAGGCGGCUCGUCUCGUGGCUGCACUGUGGAUGACCUGAAACGGUUACCUUAUCUGGAGCAGUGCGUCAAGGAGUCGCUCCGUCUCUUUCCUCCGGUUCCCUUUUUCACUCGGAAGUUGGAGAAGGACAUUCAGUGUGGUACGGUUUGAAUUAUUUAAAUCUGGAGGUUUGAUCUUGUUAUACUGGGUUUGCUAUAGAUUAAACUAUAGUUUAUAUUAUAAUAUUACUGAAGUUUGCUGCAAAUAAUUUUAAUAUUUUUUUAAAACGAUCAUUUUAUGCCUUAUAAUCUAUCAUUACGACUGUUUUACGAUUUUAGCGGGGUAUACUGUGCCCAAGAACACGACCCUUCUCCUGAGUCCGGGGACGUUGCACACAGACCUGCAAUCCUUUAGUGACCCAUAUAAGUUCAACCCAGACAAUUUUAAAACUGAGAAUAUCCAUGGUAGAGAUGCCUUCUCGUACAUUCCUUUCUCUGCCGGGCCCAGGAAUUGUAUUGGCCAAAAGUUUGCGUUGAUGGAGGAGAAGACGAUUCUGUCGUGGAUUCUCAGAGUCUACGAAGUUCGUCCGGCCAUGAAUUUCAAGGACAACUGUCCCUGUCCCGAAAUCAUCCUAAAGCCGAGCAAAGGGCUCCCGAUUACUGUACAUUUCCGAAAUAAAUAUUAGUCCAUUUCUGUAAAUUUACACUUUUCAAUCGCCAUAUCAACUAUAAUAUAUACGGUUUUUUGUGCUUAUAUGUCUUGUGAUUACUGUAAUCUCUGUAUUUGCUUACUGUAUGUUUUAAAAUGAUAUUUAUACGACUACUGUACAUUAAUAAACUUUAAUUACUUCUACGCUUAUGAUUCUCUUACUGUAAUCGCGGAUACAUUUACCAUUAUGUGUGAGCUUUCGGGUAGUUAAAAAGGUUUAUGCGGUUUCAGAUGCCUCGAGGUAUAUUCAUCGUGUUCGAAGGGCUAGAUCGAAGCGGGAAGUCAACGCAGUCCAAGAAGAUCGAAGCGUAUCUCAAUGGAAGAGGAUAUCCUGCGCGCAUCCAAAGAUAUCCUGGUAAUAAAUAAAGCUCACCAACAAAUUGUUUUAGACCGCGAGGAGCCAACCACGGGUCCCAAGAUCGACGAGUUCCUCAAAACAGCCAAGGACGUGACACAAGACGCCAUCCAGAUCCACAACCUGUUUGUGGAGAACAGAAAGUGUCUCGAUGCCAAGAUCCGGAAGGAGAUCAGCGAGGGUCAGACCAUUAUCGCCGACAGGUAUUCCUUCUCGGGCGUGGCUUACAGCGCGGCCAAAGACAUCCCGGAGCUGAGUCUCUCGAAAGCAUGCAAGUCUGAAGUCGGGCUUUUGAAGCCGGACUUGGUUUUGUUUCUAAAAGCCGAUUCGUCGGUGACAUCAAAGAGAGAAGAGUUCGGCGGAGAAGCGUUCGAAAAAGAAGAAUUCCAAAACAAAGUCUACAACAACAUCAUGCAAGUCUUCAAUCAAGAAUUCUGGAAGGUAAAUUCAAUUACUCAUACAAAACUUUGUGAUUCACUUCGAUUACAUCACCUUUAUCAAUGUUUCAGGAGGUUAACGCUUCUCAGACGAUAGACGAAGUCUUCGAGGAUAUAAAGAAAGAGGUUGAUGUUCUCAUGGAAAGCCGGAAACAGCUCGGAGACGCGCGAGACUUUUCGUUGAGCGACUUCAACGUACGAUAA